GCUCCUAUCCGAACCUUUCUAAAAUGGAGCCUUUCAUUGUAAUUUUCCUGCCUCUUCUCUGCUAUAUCAUUUUCCGCCUCUGGAAACUGGUUCUUCAGAAUAGAGACAAAUGCUGCUAUAUGCUGGCUUAUGAGUGCCAUAAGGCUCCUAAAGACAGUAUACUUGACGCAGAAUCCUGUGUGAAAAUGGUCCUGAGAAACAAAAACCUGGGGCCUGAAGAAUACAGGUUUUUAAAGAAAACUAUUAUUAGUUCUGGCAUUGGCAAUGAAACUUAUGUCCCAAGAAACAUCAACGAAUACAGAGAAGAAAAACCUUCUCUAGAAGAUGCGUUAUCAGAAAUUGAUGAUAUCAUGUUCGACACACUUGACAAGCUCUUUGCAAGAACAGGAAUCUCUCCAUCAGAAAUUGACGUACUUGUUGUCAAUGUUUCUUUGUUCUCUUCAGCACCCUCUUUAACUGCUCGUGCAGUUAACAGGUAUAAGAUGAGGGAAGAUAUUAAAGCUUUCAACCUUUCAGGAAUGGGCUGUAGUGCAAGCCUUGUAGCUGUUGAUCUAGUUCAGCAAUUGUUCAAAUCGUACAAGAAAAAGUUAGCUGUUAUUUUCAGCACAGAAUCAAUAGGUCCAAAUUGGUAUAGUGGAAAAGAAAAAUCCAUGCUCCUUUCCAAUUGUCUUUUCCGCUCAGGAGGUUGUUCUAUGCUCUUGACAAACGAUAGAGCUCUAAAGCAUAAAUCCAUCUUCAAAUUGAAUCAUCUUGUUCGUACUCAUAUUGGCGCCAACGAUGAAGCUUACGGAUGCUGCAUACAAGGAGAAGAUGAUCUUGGCCAUCGAGGUUUUCUCCUCACCAGAAGCCUGACAAAAGCUGCUACUAAAGCUCUUUCCAUGAAUCUGAGAAUCCUAGUGCCUCAAGUGUUACCUGUAACGGAACUACUUCGCUACAUUUUUAUGUCUCUUCUUCAGAAGAGAGGCAAGAACCGCAAUCUCGAAGCCGUUGGAGCAGGUUUGAAUCUCAAGAAUGGAGUUGAACAUUUCUGUAUACACCCAGGUGGAAAAGCUGUCAUUGAUGGGAUUGGUAAGAGUUUAGGGCUAAGUGAGUAUGAUCUAGAACCAGCGAGAAUGGCGCUUCGUCGAUUUGGGAACACAUCAGCUGGAGGCCUUUGGUAUGUUCUAGGUUACAUGGAAGCAAAGAAGAGGUUAAAGAAGGGUGACAGAAUAAUGAUGAUUGGUCUUGGAGCAGGUUUUAAGUGCAACUCUUGUGUUUGGGAGGUAUUGAAGGAUCUGGAUAAUGCCAAUGUCUGGAAGGAAAGCAUAAAUCAUUAUCCUCCUACAGAAGAUCUCUUAGAAAAGUCCAUCAAUUCAUGGGAAACCAUAAUUGGAUCAUUGUUGAAGGUCUAAGCUUUGUUCAAAUUGGUGACCAGAUCUUUUACAACCCAGAAGCUUGCUCUAUUUUUACUCUUUACCAGCUAUUUUUCUAUCCAGUUUGUGUUGCAUUUUUUAGCUUUUGAUUCAGGAAAAAUGUUUGUGAUUUCUACAAUAAUCUGAUGCAUUGUAAUUUCAAAUGUUCAACCUAUCAUGUUUCCUCAAUUUGCUACCAUUGAAGCUAUGUAUUUGAUCUUACAGAAAGGUUUCUCAAGUA